AUGAUCCCUCCCGAGCCGCCGCAGCAGCCGCUGCAGUCGCCGCCGCCAGCCCUGCCGAACCAUGUGGUAACCACCAUCGAGAACCUGCCGGCCGAGGGCAGUGGUGGCAGCGGCGGUAGCCUGUCCGCCUCAUCACGGGCCAGCGUGCUACAGAGAAUCCGCAAAGUGCUGAACAGGGAAAUGUUAAUCUCAGUGGCUCUGGGCCAAGUGUUAUCCCUCCUUAUUUGUGGAAUUGGCUUGACCAGCAAGUACCUAUCAGAAGAUUUCCAUGCCAAUACACCAGUCUUCCAGAGUUUCCUCAAUUACAUCCUUCUCUUCUUGGUGUAUACCACCACACUAGCCGUCAGACAAGGAGAAGAAAAUCUCCUGGCAAUUUUACGACGAAGAUGGUGGAAGUACAUGAUCCUGGGCCUCAUAGACCUGGAAGCAAAUUACCUGGUGGUCAAAGCUUACCAGUACACCACGCUGACCAGUAUCCAGCUCCUGGACUGUUUUGUGAUCCCGGUGGUGAUUUUGCUCUCCUGGUUUUUCCUACUGAUCCGGUACAAGGCUGUGCAUUUCGUUGGAAUCGUUGUCUGUAUCCUGGGCAUGGGCUGCAUGGCUGGAGCAGAUGUUCUUGUGGGAAGGCAUCAGGGAGCAGGAGAAAAUAAACUGGUCGGGGACCUUCUGGUUUUAGGAGGAGCCACACUUUAUGGUAUCUCUAACGUCUGGGAAGAAUACAUCAUCCGCACUCUGAGUCGAGUGGAGUUCCUGGGAAUGAUUGGGCUUUUUGGUGCAUUUUUCAGUGGAAUUCAAUUAGCUAUCAUGGAGCACAAGGAGCUGUUAAAGGUGCCCUGGGAUUGGCAAAUAGGACUGCUCUAUGUUGGCUUUAGUGCCUGCAUGUUUGGUCUGUACAGCUUUAUGCCUGUCGUCAUAAAGAAAACCAGCGCCACUUCUGUGAAUCUCUCCCUGCUCACAGCCGAUUUGUACACUCUGUUCUGUGGAUUGUUUCUCUUUCACUAUAAGUUUUCAGGACUUUACCUUCUUUCUUUCUUCACCAUUCUUAUCGGGCUGGUGCUCUACUCCUCCACCUCCACGUACAUAGCCCAGGACCCCCGAGUAUACAAGCAGUUCCGCAAUCCUUCGGGACCUGUUGUGGACUUACCAGCCACAGCUCAGGUGGAGCCUUCCGUCACCUACACCAGCCUGGGCCAAGAGACCGAAGAGGAGCCCCAUGUCCGCGUGGCCUAGGAUGAGGCCCUCCCUGUUCGCUGAGGAAAGCUCAGUGGCCACGUGUUUACCCUUCAUCUCUGUCUAAUAUAUA